AUGCAGGUGACCAUGCAGAAUGCAAUUCAGGUGUGGUUUGGAGAUGAUCUUCCCUUAAGUCCUCGAAGUCCUCUGACUCCCAGACAUGGGCCAGGUUUGGCGGACGUGUGCCUGUAUGACCAGUGGAUAUCUGUGCGGCACGAAGCAACCUUGGAGCCCAUGAAGGAAGAUCUGUCAAUCUGGCUGUCUGGCUUGCUGGGAACAGAAGUCAAAGCAGAGCAACUGCUAGAAGAACUGGAUAAUGGGGUACUGCUCUGCCAAUUGGUUGGUGUUCUUCAAAACACCAUUAAAAAAUGCUGUAGCUCAAAUAAUUUAAGGAAUUUUCCUAUGAGAAAAGUUCCAUGUAAGAAGGAUGCUCCAUCAGGAUCUUUUUUUGCCCGAGAUAAUACAGCCAACUUUCUUAACUGGUGUAGGGCCAUUGGAGUUGAUGAGACUUAUCUCUUUGAAUCUGAAGGUUUAGUUUUGCACAAGAAUCCAAGACAAGUUUAUCUUUGCCUGUUGGAAAUCGGACGCAUUGUAUCCAGUUAUGGAGUUGAACCUCCUGUACUAAUCAAGCUAGAGAAGGAAAUUGAGCUAGAAGAAACACUGCUGAUGACCUCUGGGCCACCAUCACCUGUUAGCACACCAAAGUCAUGUUGCCACCACGGGGAGCUACAUGAGGCAGUUAAACAUAUAGCAGAAGAUCCUCCCUGCAGUUGUUCCCAUCGAUUUUCGAUCGAAUACUUAGCAGAGGGACGUUAUAGGCUGGGAGAUAAAAUACUUUUCAUACGAAUGCUACAUGGCAAGCAUGUGAUGGUGCGUGUUGGUGGAGGCUGGGACACCCUGCAAGGCUUUCUCCUUAAAUACGAUCCCUGCCGAGUGCUUCAGUUUGCAACACUGGAACAAAAAAUCCUGGCCUUUCAGAAAGGAGUCACCAGUGACAGUGUCCCCAGCUCCUCAGCUAGAGUUCAGGAGCCUCCUGUUAUGAAUCCUAUGUCAGCUGUCAGUAGGUAUCAGAAGCAAUCAGCAAAACCCACUACUCCUGUUUCAGCUUCUGGGGCCGGUGCCAAGAAGGCUUUAUCCAAACGUCCUCAGUCCCCUGCCCUGGCAUCACCAAAAGUGCCAGCACUCCCAUCCUCCACAGCCAAGGCACUGACCUUCAGGUCCAGGUUAAAUGGAGGCAUGCAGUCUCCUUUCAAAACAUUGGGUGGCACCUCAAAGAAACUGGAGUCUCCUGCACACAGCUCACCAGCUUCUGCUCCUGCCAGCAAAAGCUCUUCCUCUGCAGGCACGAGAGCAGCUCUUGUCCACUCCGAAACACUGCGCAAACGGAUUCGCUCGCCUGAUGCUCCCAAAGAGAAGUUUGCCCUGCCUCAGGGUUCCCCAGCACCAGCACUACACCUUGCCCUGCCAAAAAAGCAGCCAUCAGACUUGGCUGGGGCAGCUGAAACACUGGCUUCAAAGCAGAAGCGUGUCCCUGCUAAAUGCAAACCUGUAUCUGUUGCCAAAGCCAAAGCGAGUCCUGUUGCUCCGAGGGCUGCUCAGCACCCUGCCACAAAUCUGCGUGCUGUUGCCAAGCUUGCACAUUCUCAGCAGCUCCUUGCAAAACCUCCUUCUGAAAGAGCUAUUCAGACCUCAGGAACUGCAUCUCGGCAGCCUCAGAAAGCUUCACAAACGGCUCCUUACCUGGCAAGGACCACGAAAAACGCUUCAGUCCUGAAACACUCAGCUUCUGCACCUUCCCUUGCGCUUAGCAAAGCAUCAAAGUCACCACCUACACUGGUAACUGCAGGCAAAAAAGUAUCAGCAGCUGUCAGUAAGCAGCCAAAUGUCAGUAAACUCCCUCAGGUUGGACCUACUCCAUGCAGAGCUCCUGAGCGCACUCCCUUAUCUGUUGUGCGACUUCCUCAGGCUUCAGCCAAAGCGGCAGUGACCAAAAGCCCAGCACAGCCUUCUGCAAAAGCUCAGCCUUCAACCAAAAACUUGCAAGCCAAUGCAGGCUUGGCCCCAGCAGCUAAGAAGCCUCUGCCUAAGGGAAAAUCAGCAGCAGUGUGUAACAAAGGAAUGCCUGAGGUGUCAAAAGGUCCUCUUAAAAAGAACAAGCAAGAUGAUCACUAUUUCGUUAUGACAGGGAGUAAAAAACCCAGAAAGUAA